AUGCAGGCAACACACAAUAUAGCAACUGCAGAAACUUGGUUAGAUGUGGUUGCUGUCACUGAUGUGAAUCUAGUUGCGAAACACGGUCAACUCCCGGCUCCUGGGCUCUCCAAACAUGACCUUGUGUUCUGUGCCUACAGACUGCACCCGCCGAAACCAAAGCAGGAGUUCAUCACAUAUAGAAACUAUAGGUGCCUGGAUAUAAGUGCUUUUAUGUUUGAUGCUGCCUCUAUUCCUUGGCAUGAAUUCAUUCUCACAGAUAAUGUCGAGGAGAUGGUCGACAGGUUGAACAGUUUUCUACUUCUCUUGUAUGACAGGCAUGCUCCUAUGGUUACGAAAAGAGUAAUUAAAAAGCCUGCACCCUGGUUCAGCCAGAAAAUUCGUAGAUUACAGAAGAUGAGAGACGCUGUUCUCUGUAGAGCCAAACGCUCAAAAUCUGUGGUGGAUUGGGCGGAGUAUAAGCGGCUUCGAAACAAAACCCAGCAGGAGAUUAGAAAUGCCAAGGUCAGGUUCUAUUACCACUCUCUUUCUGGCAAGCAGCCUACUAGAACGGUAUGGUCGAAAUUGGAAAACUUGGGUAUUGGAAAAUCACAUGUUCAUCAUAACAUACCUUAA